CAUCAUUUACACUAGUAUCGAUCGAUCCUCGUUUGACUCGUAUAUAUUGUAUAUAUGGACCCCGUUACUUUUGUCGGCUUGCUCUACUGGCUGAUGUGCAUGAUAUUGUUCGGGCCGGCGAUGUUCUUUGUCUCCGUUUACCUGCCAGAACUUCCAGUGCGGUAUGUGAAAAGUUUGAGGCAGCAAACUUAGCAGUUGUUAGCCAAGUCCGUGGUACAUAGAUUAAUCCAGACAUAUUUGUAAUGAUAAUGAUGUGCAACCGAUCGAUAAAUUAUAAUAAAAAUGUAUUCAAAAGUAAAUCUA